GGUUCCGGUCUAGCUCCGGAAGUCCCUACAACUGCUCUUAAUGACAGCAGGUUGUGGGAGAGAAGAGGAUUCAGGGAAGGGAGGUGCCGGCAGCUAGGUGGAAGAGCUCCAAGAUUCCCUGAAGUGGAUGAGGAGCUGUCCUUUUAGACCCCUUAUCUGAAAAGCCGCGAGCUUUCAGCUUCGAAAUUCCGUGAAGAUGAGAAAUCCAGCGAGAAAAGCGAUUGCUGCUCAGUGUGUGAAGGAGCGGUUAGGCGCAAAGGGUCGUUUUUCAUCCGUGCACUGUAUUUUCGUUUGAUUCUUCAGCCUUCACGCUGGAUGGCCAGUUUUUAUUUGUGCAUCAUCCUCUACCUGAGAAAUGGUUGCUUUCCCCUAGUCUAAAAACGGUGAGGAUCUCUUGAGGAGAAACUUGGGCUCUAGAUUUUGAGGCGGCCUGGGAGGUGUCUCUUUUUAAAAUCUGUCAUAUGUCCACCCCUUCUGUCCGGGAAUGUUUGUUUCUCACAGUAAACCUAUAGCCAUGGGAUUUUGUGUCAAGUUUGUUCUACCUUUACGAUCGUCGUUGUCAAACUUAUUUGAGAACGCUACCCGCGAGUGACUCCUGGGCCAUUACUCUUCUGGGGGUGUUCUCAUUAGCGUCAGUCUUUAGGCUGUAAAGUGCUGCUCUUGCUGGUGCUGCUGCUGCCGCCGCCACCGCCGCCAUAGGGUUUGCCACACAGUCUGCUCAGCUCCAGGGAAAUGGUGGGAUUGAUGGUCUCUCCUGGAAAACCUUUCAUCACAGAGAUUCAUCUCAGAUUUAAACAGCAAUAGUAAAAGUCAGUGUGCAAGCAUUGAACUUUUGCAAAAGAACAUUGCGCAUCAUGGAUUCUUUACUAGAAGAAUUUUUUGUAAGGGAUUCUCCAGUGGAGGAGCAGACUGAGGGGAAGAUUGAGAAUAAGGUAGAAAAAUCAGUGGAUCAACUGGAUGAACAGGAAAAGGACACACCUGCUGAUCUUGUCCCUGUUAACCUACUAUCAGAGGUGAAGAAGUUACUGACUGCAAUUAAUACUCUACCAAAAGGUGUUGUCCCUCACAGUAAGAAGUUUUUACAAGAAGAUUUUUCCUUCCAAAGUAUGCAGAGAGAAGUUGCCUCUAACAGCCAGAAUGGGGAGGAAAUUGUUCCUGCUUUGACUUUACGUUUCUUGAUGACACAAGUGGAAGCAGCACUUAGGAACAUUCAAGCUACUAAUUAUACUGCACAUCAGAUUAAUAUUGGCUAUUAUUUGACAUUACUGUUUUUGUAUGGAGUAGCACUCACUGAAAGAGGAAAGAAAGAGGACUAUAUAGAAGCUGAGAAUAAAUUUCUGGUGAUGAAGAUGGUGAUCCAAGAAAAUGAAAUUUGUGAAAACUUUAUGUCCUUAGUCUAUUUUGGAUGUGGUUUGCUCCGAUGUGCUCAGAAAAGAUAUAAUGGAGGACUGCUAGAAUUUCAUAAAAGCUUACAAGAAACAGGAGAUGCAGAUGAUCAUUCGUUUGACAUACAACCUAUGGAAGAUGAAGAUUUGCCUACAACUUUUAAAGAUCUUCUCAAUAAUUUCAUCAAGACAACUGAAACUAAUAUAAUGAAGCAGACCAUUUGCAGUUAUCUAGAUUGUGAACGAUCUUGUGCAGCUGAUAUUUUAAGGAACACCAAUUAUAAGGGAUUUUUUCAGUUAAUGUGAAGUAAAAGCUGCUGUGUUUAUUUUCAUAAAAUUUGUUGGAAAAAGUUUAAGAAUUUAAAAUAUCCAGGUGAAAAUGAUCAGAGUUUUAGUGGAAAAAAAUGUUUGAAGGAAGGAUGUACAGGUGAUAUGGUAAGGAUGCUGCAGUGUGAUGUACCUGGAAUUGUUAAACUUUUGUUUGAAGUUGUGAGAAAGGAUGAAUAUAUAACCAUUGAAAAUUUAGGAGCAAGUUAUAAAAAGUUGAUGUCUCUGAAAAUAACUGAUACUGAUGAAAGACUGAAGAUCAGUUUAAAAUAUAGUACAAAAGAUGAAAUGCCUAUCUUCAAACUUGAUUAUAAUUAUUUCUAUCAUCUGCUUCAUAUAAUUAUUAUUUCUGGUACUGACAUUGUCCGACAAAUAUUUGAUGAGGCUCUGCCACCCGCUCUUUUGAAAAAAGAGCUUCUUAUUCACAAGAAUGUGCUGGAACCCUACUACGACCACUUUUGGACUAAUCACCCUUUGGGUGGAGCAUGGCAUCUGCUUUAUCCCCCAAACAAGGAGCUACCACAGUCCAAACAGUUUGACUUACACCUCCUAUUAGCUCUCAUAAAACAUUUGAAUGUAUUCCCAGCACCCCAAAAAGGCUGGAAUAUGGAACCACCAUCUUCUGAUCUCUCUAAGUCUGCAGACAUCCUGAGGCUGUGCAAAUACAGGGAUAUCCUCCUUAGUGAGAUUUUGAUGAAUGGUCUCACUGAGUCACAAUUCAAUUCAAUUUGGAAAAAAGUUUCAGAUACUCUUCUGCGUCUUGGAAUGAAGCAAGAGGAUAUUGAUAAAGUGAAGGAGAAUCCCAUUGAGAAUAUCUCCCUUGAUUACAAUCAGCUGUCUGUCUACCUAGGCAUACCAGUACCAGAAAUCAUCCAAAGGAUGUUAUCCUGCUACCAACAAGGAAUUGCUCUACAGUCAAUACCUGGCAGUCAACGUAAUGAAAUAGAAGAAUUACAGAAUGAGGAAGAAGAACUAAGUCCACCUCUCAUGGAGUACAAUAUAAAUGUGAAAUCAAACCCUGGAAUACAGUUAACAGAAAUAAAUAAAGAUGGGGCAUCAAUACCCAGUGAAUCUUCAACAGAAUCUAUUAAAGAUCUCCAGGAAGCUAGGAGUAAACCAAAGAAAAAGAAAAAGACUAAGAAUAAAAAGAAUAAGGAAUCAAAAGGAGAGCAAGUCCCAAAUAUGGUAGAAAAGGAAGAGCAAUUGAAGACAGAGCAAGCAGAUCUAUACCCAGCCAGUAACUUUAUGAAAGGCAAUACAAGUGAUGUUCCAGAAGAUUAUGCGACUGAAGACAAGGUCUAUAGCCUGGAUGAACUGCAUAUUCUGGACAUGAUAGAGCAGGACUCAACCAACAAGGUAUCUGCAGAAUAUGGAGAAACUGAGAAGGAAAAGCUUGCCCGACAACAGCAGCUGUAUAAAUUGCACCAUCAGUGUGAGGAUUUCAAAAGACAGUUGAAAACAGUGACAUUUCGGUGGCAAGAAGACCAAAUGCAGAUUAAAAAGAGAGACAAAAUUAUUGCAUCUCUUAACCAACAAGUGGCUUUUGGAAUCAAUAAAGUUUCCAAAUUACAGCAACAGAGCCAUGCUAAAGAUAAUGAAAUCAAAAACCUUAAAGAGCAACUUUCCAUGAAAAGAUCUCAGUGGGAAAUGGAGAAGCUUAAUAUGGAAAGCACGAUUAAAGCAUACUUAAGCAAACUGAAUGCAGAAACUAGCAGAGCUUUAACAGCUGAGGUGUAUUUCUUACAGUGUCGUAGAGAUUUUGGUUUGCUUCAUCUAGAGCAGACUGAAAAGGAAUGCCUCAGUCAGCUCGCCAGGGUGACUCACAUGGCAGCAAGCAACCUAGAAUCACCUCAGUUAAAGGCUGCAGUGGACAGUUGGAAUGCCAUCGUAACAGAUGUGAGAAACAAGAUUGCAUUCCUUAAGACACAAUACAGUGAACAAAUUAACAGGGUGAAGCAAGGGUUCGCCCUGAGUACCUUGCCUCCAAUCCAGCUUCCUCCACCACCACCCAGUCCUGAGAUACUGAUGCAGCAAUUCUUGGGAAGACACCCUGUGAAAGAAUCUUUCUUUAGACCUGUGCUCACUGUUCCUCAAAUGCCUCCCGUUUGUCCUGGAGUUAUCUCUGCACCUAGCCAACCAAGACCUGCCCUGAUGACUGGCAUAGCCUGGACUGUGCUGGAGCCAGUGGGAGAGGCUGUGCCUCCCAGUGCAGGUCUGGGAAGUGAUCCUCUGCUGAUGAAUUGGGAUUACAGACUGAAAGCUGCGUUUCCACAACAGACCAGAAAGGACCUUACAGAUUUCUUACGAAAAUUGAAGGAUGCUCAUGGGAAGUCCUGGUCUGGACUGACAUUUGAUGAAAUUGUUUACAAGAUUUCUCAAUUUAUUGACCCCAAGAGAUCUCAGGGUCAAGGAAAAUCAGUGCCAAAUGGUAGUUGUGUUUCACCCAGCCAUAUUCCACCUCAGUCCAAUGUAGUCCAGCCCCCCAAACCAGCCUGGAGGCCCCUUGGUUCACAAGGGCCUGUCAUGUGGGAAGGAGCCAGUAAUUUGGAUGAUGAGGAAGAGGAAGAAGAGCCUUGUGUGAUCUGUCAUGAGAAUCUCUCUCCCGAAAACCUCUCAGUUUUGCCUUGUGCUCACAAAUUCCACUCUCAGUGCAUUAGACCUUGGUUAAUGCAGCAGGGAACGUGCCCAACCUGCAGGCUCCAUGUUUUGCUACCAGAUGAAUUUCCUGGUCACUCCAGCCGGCACUUGCCUAAGAUCUGAUACAAGGGGUGAUUGUGCAAGGGAAGUGUUCAGACACCGCAAUUUAGUUUUGCCUUUUGUUGUGAGCUUAUAUUGUGAGUGGUGUGAAGCAGUAUACUCAGUAUUGUGCAAAAGAAGCUAGCUAAUAUCAAAGCUGCAUCCAAAGAGGACAGGACAAGUCUUCUGGACUGUGAAUGGAACUGAAAGGGCUUAAAGAUGAUAGAAUUUUAAAGGUUAUAUCAUAUUUGUACUUAUCUUGGUAGGUAUUUUCUUCCAGCAUAAAUAUGAUAACCAUCAGCGUGUAUCUAGGAUGUGUUUCUUGUCAUUUUUCCUUCUUACCUCACUCAUACUUUUCUUUCCCCCAUUAUAUACUGCAGUUUAAUUUCCUGAAAUAAUUUUUUUAUUGUUGUGCAAUUAGAGUUGUCCCCGUUUUCCCCCAUUACUCUCCCCUGCCCUACCCAUCGCCACCUCCCACCUUCAAUCCUCCCAUCACUGUUGCCUUUGUCCACAGAUCCUUUAUACAUGUUCCUUGAUGACCUUCCUGAAAUAAAUUUAAGCAAGAGAAAAACUGGUAUAGUAAGAAGAGAAGUAGGAAAAUUUCACAGAUUUUAGUGUUUCUUUUAAAACUACUUACAAAAAAUAAUUACUUAAAUUUUAUCUUUAUCUUCCCCAUUCUUUUAUGUUCUCUAAAAUGUCCCCGUGAAGAGACUAUGAGCUACUUGAAGGCGUGAUGUGUUAUAGCUGGUUUAUAAUAGUUUGUGAGAGAUGAUUGUUAAAGUUUCAGGAAUUUUGUGAGCCAGUUAUCAAAUUGUUGGAAGCUUGAAAUUUGCUGUAGUAGAAGUAUUUUACCCCAUAGAAAUUGAUAAAUUGCUGUAAUUAAGUGCUUCUCUUCCUGUCAAGGGCUGGUUGUUCAGCAUUUACCAGCAUACCCCUGGGAACAUGUCUGAUCCAUUCUAGUGCUCCCAAUGUCUUGCCCAGUAGGUGCUGCACACAUGUUCCUAGAAUCAGAAAUAAGGAAGUAGUAAGAAAAGGAGUCAUACUGUACUAAUUAAGUUACUUGCUUAGUUGAAUAAUUGAGAUCUUAUGUCCAUUUGUAAACAUUGUCGUUGGGCCUUAAUCAUUUAUACUUUGUAGGGAUAUUGUUUUUCUGCCUUAAUUGUCUAAUUUUACUUUCUGAUGCUGGGGGUUGUGGGGAACUGUUGUGUAUAGUUGCUUCUUGUGACAAAUUUAAUACCCACUGGGCUAAGUUGCAUAUCUAAAGCUUUCAUUCUUAGAAGUGAAAAUCCUAUUUUGAAACUAGUAUUGUAUAAAUGUGGAACUGUUUUACAUGUCUCCAGUUAAAAAAUUAAAAGAAUUCAGUUACCUUGUAAGGCAAAUGUUACUUGGUUCAUAUUUGUUUUCUAUAAUUAAUGGAAUAAUUGAGACUGUGAAUGUAUUCCCUGACUCAGCAACUAUUCUUUCUGUAUAUUUCAGUGCAAAUGUAUUUUGAAGUUACUUCAAAUCUCUAUUUAAACCUGCUAUUUCUGUAAUGGUAUGCUAAAUGUUUUCUUCUAUAAUAAGAACAGACUAAAAUGUAAAGGAAAUAUCAAAAAAAUGAAGGCAGUCAUCUAGACACAUAAAAUACCAAGAUUGUAUCAGAAUUGCAAAAUUCAGAACUUACAGGGCCUUUAAUAAUUUUCUUGUCUAACACCUCAAAGUCAUAGUCAUAUAGCAAAUUACCUUGUAAAACAAAUGUUUCUUAGUUUAUGUUUCAACUGCAACCUCACUUUCUUCUGGGAAAGAAUAAAUGUUUCUUAAUUGAACACCUAU